ACACCUCCUACUAGAUAGAGCCACAGAGCAAUAUUUUCAUUCUCGCUCGUCAUUAUCGAAGUGAUUUCCGUCUGUUCAGUCAUUUCUUUGUCGCUUUGUCCCCGCGUCAUUUUAUUAUUCGUUUCUAACCUCGACCAUUGCUUGAGUAUUAGAUAAAACGCCGAGUGUAGGAGUGGGAAUUAAUCGUUAUGGCUAGCACAGUAAAUGCUUCAUCUGGUGGUGGUAACAAAAAGAAAGGUGGUGGGGGAUUUCUUUCAAGGCAGAAGAAAAAGAAAGAUGGAUCUGGAAAUUCUGCGAAAGAAGUUUUAACUGAAGAAGAUUUGGCCAAAAAGAGCGUGAUUGAGGCAUCGGAUGUAUUAAAGCUCGCAAGCCCAACUAAAAAUUAUCUUUGUUCACUUGAAUCCAAUGUUUUUGGAAUUGAUUUUACUCGAUUUAAGAUAAGAAACAUGGACACUGGUACAGUCCUGUUUGAAAUUAUGAAACCAGAUUCGGACAUGGUUCAAGAAGUUGACGCACAACAAGAAUAUGACGAAGAUGCUGAUGCAAGCUCAGGUCGCUUUGUGCGAUACCAAUUCACCCCACAAUUCCUAAAAUUAGGAACAGUGGGGGCAACGGUGGAGUUUGUAAUUGGUGAGAAACCAGUCCAAAAUUUUCGCAUGAUUGAACGUCACUACUUUCGUAACACAUUAUUAAAAAGCUUUGAUUUUGAUUUCGGAUUUUGCAUACCGAACAGCAAGAACACAUGUGAACACAUUUAUGAAUUUCCCCAGCUAUCAAAAGAUAUGAUGAAAGAAAUGAUACAACAUCCUUUUGAGACGAAAUCUGACAGCUUUUACUUUGUGGAUGGCAAACUGAUAAUGCACAACAAAGCUGAAUAUUCUUAUAACGGCGUGCAAUAGAAGUUUCUUCAUUUCUUAUUAUCGCCUUCCAAGAGAUACAAAAUGUAACAUAGUCUUUAAUAUAUGUACAGAAGUUAUAGAAAUAAGACUAUGUGGCUUUACUGCCCUCAUUAUUGCUAAAAAUCUAUUCCUUAUUAGUAGUUGAGAAAUAAUAGUUGAUAGAACUGUUCUAUUCACAUAUAUAAACUUGUUCUGAUUGGAAAAGCAAUUGAGCGUGACUAGACAGAGUCUGAUUUAUAACCGACUUGUGGUAAAUUUUCUGUCAUUCUAAGUGCUUGUAUUCCAAAUAAAUCAGAUUGACAAAUCUCCUGUUUAUUUCUAAUGUAUUACUGACAAUUUUUAUAAUUUGACAAAAAAUUGUAAGCUGUGACAAGUUGUAUAUAUUAUAGGCUCUUCUCAUAUUAAAGAGUUGAUUAUUCUGCAGACGUAUAUUUUUUUACUUUUUUAUUUUCUAUUUAGCAUCACUGAACAACAGCAAUGUUAUUACUUGUGUUUAAAUAAGAUAUUUGUGGCAAUCUCAUUCAGAAAUGUGUAUUUAAUCUGUCAAUAUGCUCUGUCGAGAGACAUGUAUUUUCAAUAGACUUUUGCACUGCUAUUAUGCUAUAUUGCAUAAUAUCUUACCAUAACUCUAUUAUAUAAUUGGUACUCUGUGUUGGCUCUGUAAGAAUCAUAUACUUCCAUAAGCAUGGAAUCUAACUCUAAUAUCUACAUAUGGAAACCAAGUUAAAGUGUGUUACGAUUAUAAUUGCACUAGAAGAAAAACCUGAAAAUAUGAACAAAACACUUUAAUUUCUGGAGUGCCAAAUAGAUGUUUCUGUUAGACUAAAACUUGCCCAUCACUAGGGUUGAUUCAGAAUGAGUCUAUGUAGCAUAAAUGCAUUACUAUUGACAGAAUUUUGUGUUAAAUUUUCUGCAUGUAAUUGAACAAAUAUCUCUACCAAACAAACUGUUAAAUUGCAAUUUAUUUGCCUUCAGAGGUCGUUUGUUAUGACUAACAUAUUUAAAAAGUCUUUAAGUGAGCAUAUGCAAAGUGGAAUUUUUCGAAAUUGACAGUUACAUAAUUCAUUCUGAAAAUUCCCUUGAUUCGGUAACCAUUAUCUGAUUGAGGUUGUUAAUUAGAUUUGUAUAGUUUCAGUCUAUUUUUUGUUACAGUGUGUUUUUUUUCUGAAUAGAAAUUUAUCAGGGACAAAUCUUGAUUGGGCCGGAUAAAAUAAUUAUAUUUAUAUGUAUCCUAAUUCUGUCUUAUACUCGGAGUCUGAUUUAAAAUUUCUGUUCAGCAGAAAUAAGAAUAAUUGUUUUUGUUCCCUUGUUUGUUUGACUCUUAUCCUUCUUACUGACCCUGACGUAUUUCAAACUUUUCUAGCAUUUGGCAGUUUGCUAUUAUUGUUAUAGAGCUGUUUUACUAAACAAUGUACAAUUUUGAAAAACUUGGUAUUGUUACUGUUGAGAUAAUAAUAUCUGAAACUCAUUUAAGUAAUAUCCCAGUUUGUUAUAUAGUUCGUUAAACACAGUUUGUGCCAUAUAUGCCACUAAAUAAUUGAAUAGGUAAACUUCCCAAGUUGGUGUUCUUUUACAGCAAAAUCAUAACACCAAAUUUAGCUUGAUGCAAAGAACUUGUAAUGUUGAGGAUUAGACUUAGACAUAUUAGUAUACAAAUACAAUUAACAUUGAUUUGGAUUGUUUUGAUUCUGAACUAAAGCUUGAAGUAUAUUUUAUAAUCAAGGGUAAAUUACUUAUUAAAUUUUCAUCUUGAACAGAGUUUCAAAAUUUUCCCUCAAGAUUGAAUAUCACGGCUUCUCAAAUUUUCGAUAUACAGUAUCUUAUGAAGCUGUUUUUGGACUUCUUACUACCCAUAAGAUAUCGUCUUGGUAUUAUAAUAAAAAUCAGCUUAUGUUGAACAUUACUUUGACUCGUUUCAUAUUGAUGAUUAUCUUCAAUUCAAUGAAUUCAUGUCCCUGGAUACCAGCAUUGAUGGUAUAAAAAGGAUAUUGAUUACUGAUCACUUACUUUAAUCCCAGAUUUUGUCAUCAAUUAUUAAUUAAAUAUAGUCACAUGAUAAAAGCGGAUUAGGGAAGCAUAUUUUCCACUCCAUUUAUCAUGCUGUUAAAUUAUAGAAACAUGCAGGUUGCCUAUGAUAUUGAAUUUCGAAGGCAAAGCAUUUUUUACAUAGAAACCAAAAUAUUGUCAUUCUCCAUUGUUACCAUAUGUUUAUUAGACUAACAUGGCCAGCGUAUAUUACAAUUGUUUAAAACAUAAAAACAUGCUUUAUCAAUGAAUCAUACUUGAAGUUAUAUCAAUGAAACAAUAUCUGUAUUUCUAAUUUGAAUUGUAUAUGGGUUGUUUCAAAUAAUCUUGCGUAUAAUACUUUUUCAUGGUAUAGCUAUUGAUAUUUCAGAAUUCAAUUUUUUUCAAUAUGGCUUCACUCGGCAUAAAUCAUUAAACAGUCAUCUGAUUCUGAACUGUAAUUUUUCAUCAUAAAUUUAAUAUCUUUGUGUCCCAGCAAUUUGUUAUGCACUGGUAUUUUAUUUGCUUACGUUUAUAAUGACCAAAAACUAGAGCAUGAUUAUUCCAUUCAUCAACGUUUCUAAGUUAUAGCAUUGUGAUAGUCCCGGUCGAAACAUGAUGCGCAUUAUUUCUGAUUGUUAAUCUGUAACAUUCCAUCAAUGUUUCUCGACACCCAUUGUAUGUAAUAUUUUGUUUUUCAUGCUUUUUGUGUUGAUAUUUGUCAGA